AUGGUCGAUAUGUUUAAUGGAGUUAAACUGAAGUGGGUUUUAGUUUGUAGAGAAUUUGAUCCCUGGAGGUUGAAUAACUCUCGUGAUAUGACCCCCGGUACUCGAUCAGAGGCAAGGACUUUGGAGCUUACUUUCCGUAAGAAAGAGAAAGACGUCGUCUUUGACUCAUACUUGCCUUAUAUUGAGAGAGAAGCAGAGAGAAUACUACAAGAGACAAAGAAAAUAAAAAUCUUUACUGUUGAUCACAAAAAUCUUUAUGGGUACUGGGCUGAUGCAUGGGUGUCAGUGAACCUCGACCAUCCUGCAACAUUUGAUACAAUUGCCAUGGACCCAGUGGAGAAGGACAACAUGUUGAAGGAUCUUCAAAGGUUUGUGGAGAGGAAAGAUUACUAUAGAAAAGUAGGCAAAGUUUGGAAAAGAGGGUAUUUGUUACAUGGACCACCGGGUACAGGCAAAUCCAGCUUGAUCGCAGCAAUGACCAAGUUUCUUAACUUUGAUGUUUAUGAUUUAGAGUUGGGUACGUUGAGGUGCAACGCGGAGCUUAAAACAUUGCUUCUUUCAACUGGGAAUCGAUCCAUGAUCGUGGUGGAGGACAUAGAUUGUACAAUUCACUUGCAAAAUCGGUCACAAAUAGGUGGAGUUAGACUGUUGCGUUAA